UAUAGGCAUAUUAAACAUGCUGAUGUAUUUGGAGAGCAGAAGCUUCCUGGAUUUGCUAAAGGAUCUUGCCCUUGCACUGAGUUCCACUUUUCCUAAUGUGAGCGGUCAAUUUAGACUUGAUGCAACAGUUACACCAGAAUGUAUGAAGGACCUGCUAGAUGAACUAAGAGCGAAAACAAAUGAAACUUCGAAGUAUGAACGCACGAUACGGGUGCCGAUAAAGGUUGCAUCAGUACAAGGAAUUGAACACAUAUGGUCGCUGUUUGAAACUGGCGGAGCUACAAAUAGAUUGAAUGAAUUAUCAGAAGCUGUCUUCGAUGAGUUAAAUACAAAAAUAACAGUUACACCUUCUGUGAAUUUACAGCAGGUACAGGCAGCCAUUAAGGAAGCAGAAGGCGAACAAUCAGCAGAAGGGUCACAGGCAGCUGUUGAAGACAAUGCUAGUUCUCCCCAAAGGCAUCAAAGCAAAUCAGUUGAUGAAGGCAUUUCGAAGCUGAAAAAGAAAUCUGCGGAGGUUGUGGUUGGAGCUGAAAGUGAAAAUAUGUGGCAGUUUGAAUAUGUAUUAUGA